ACUCCAUAAUAUUGAGGUAGAAAGAAAACAUCUGGACUUGGGAACGGAACGCAGUAUAGAAAGAAGACACCCGGAACGCGGAACGGAUCGCGGGCGAAAACAGCUGGCACAGAGAAAAGUGUUUAUGUGUCUCUUGUCACUCAUUACCUUCACUCGGUCUUAGGAUGAUGAUAUGGCCUUUCAGAUGAUUCCUCCAAGGGUGUCAUCGUCCCCACCCCCCCUGGACUCCCUCCCCACUGUCACCUGUCCAGGAGAGGAGGAAGACGACGAUGAGUUUGGGGACUUCUCAACACAUAAUUCUUCAUUUGAUAUCACUGGGCUGUCUGAUAAACUACCCCCUACACCUGAUGCCAGUCCUUCCAAGUUCCCAGGCUUUGGUGGUGGGUCCUCGGGGAAGGCAUUGUCGGUGGUAGUGGAGGGAACACGAGAGGAUACCAUCAGUCAGGAUUCAGGGUUAGGAAGUGCAAAUCAUCCCAAUGAGUUUUCACCACAGCCACAGCCUGAUGCACGGAUCUUUGAAGAUUUUGCCUCUGGUGUUCCAGAUGUCUCAAAGAUCACGGAAAAUAAACCCAGUCAUGCCGUGGGCAGUAAGAAUGACCAAAGCUCAAAUAAUUUUGCAGACUUCCAGAGCUUUGUUAGUGCUGCAACCGAGCAAGAUCCGCAAUCAUCAGGAAGUUCAGUAGUAGUUAAUAAGGAAACCGAUGGGUAUGUAGAUACUGGUCUUAGCUCUACUUCUAGUCAAGCUGGUGACCCCCUUAGUUUUGCCAUGAGUGGAACUCCUCCACCUUUAGAUCAUGUUGCCGACACCACAGUGCUAGAUGAUGACUUCACUAGACUGUCUCCUAGUUUGCCUCCUAGUGAUGCAGAUGAGUUUGGUGAUUUUACUUCAGUUGAAUUUUGUGCAGACGAUAGCAAAGGAGCUUCUCAUCAAACAGUUGUUGAGGAUGAAGUUAUUCAUGCAGAAAGCAGAGAAACCAAUGCAACAUGUAAGUCAUCCAACAGUGAAGAAACUGUCACGGAAGGGUGUCAACCAUCCAAGGUCAAAAGUGCCAGUGUUAUCGAUAAUGUACGAAAACAAAGCGAAAUAAUUAGUGAAGAUAGUGAUUCCCUAACACCAGACGACUGGCACUCUGUCAACUCUGGAGAUUCAAGUAAUGACGUUAAAGUGCUUACCAAUGUAGAGAGUGAAACAGUUUUAAAUAAUAGUUUGACUGAUAGUAAAGGCUUAACUCCUGUGGAAGGUGCAUUAGACAGUAAGCAUAAAAAUUACUUGAGGACUACUGAAGUUUGUGAAGAUGAUAUUGAUGACAACAAAGAUGCUAGCUCAUCCACGUGUGCAAAUGAUAAUUUUGAUGACUGUUGUGUAGACUCUAGUGCCUCACCUGCAGUACAAGAGGAAGGGAGUGAAGUUUCGUGCUCAAUAACCACAAAUAAUAAUCAGUUAGAUGAUACAAGAAAUAAUGCCAUAAACAAUGAAACAGAUUGCAGUGACAGAUUGGACAGUAGAAAGAUGGAAGAAGAUAGUGACUUUGGUGAAUUUGCAGGACCUGGCUUUGUUGAAAGUGCCUCAAAUAAAGAUUCAAGUUUAGAUGUAAGAACAGGAAUGGCAGAUGAGUUUAAAGCACAAAACAAUCUCGGUGAAGGAGCUGGUGCAGAUGAUGAUGAAUUUGGAGGUUUUGAGAUUCAUAAAACAGACGAUGAAAAUGAUUUUGACUUUAGUGAUUUUCACAAGGCAAAACCAGGUGAUGAUGAGGAUGACUUAGAUUUUGGUGACCUCAGGGCCAGGGUAGAAAGUGGUAUGUUUGAGGCAGAUGAAUCACCCUCAGCCGAUGACGAAUUUGGAGAUUUCGGAACCUUUGCCUCAGCAGUUGAAACUAAAACCGAUGUCGCAGAUGAUGAUGAUGAUGAUGAGUUUGGAGAUUUUGGUGCUCCAGCAGAUGACUUUGGUGGCUUUGAUGGUGCUGGAGGUGUGGAAGAUGAUUUUGGUGACUUCUCAGCACCAACUAAUGCGAAUGAAUUUGGAAAAUCCAUUCAUUUCGAGGAUAAGUUUGGUGACUUUAGUGAAACAGGAGCCGUAGAUAACUUUGGUGCUGCUGAUGCUGAGAAAACAGGUUUUGGUGAUUUCUCAGCUUGGAAAGGCAGUGGUUUUGAACAGGUGGAUGAAAGCAAUCCUGUUUUGAGAAAGCUUGAGAAUCUUGUUCUUAAGUGGAUCCCAAGGCACAAGGGCUCCAGUCCUCCAUCAGGUGAUGUCAACCCAGUGCCAAGUCUCCACCAGGCUGUUGAGAGUGAUGCCUUUGUGUGGCACCACUUGGAGAACCUGGAAGGGAGUGCUGCAUUGAAACUGUCAUGGGGAAACACCCAGGCACACAAUCUCUUCCUUUCUUCUGUCAACGUUGAUGCUCGCAACAUUGUGAGUAAGGAGGCAAUGAUCACGCUCUUUGGACAGAAAUGGAGUUCCUCUGUCCCCUUGUUUGCUCAGACCCUGAGCUUCUCUCCCCUCACCCCUGCAAAGUCCUCUGAAGGCAGUAGUACAGGGCUGCCAGUUGGAAUAUCCGGCACAAGAAGUGGCCCAACAACCCCUCCAAUCACCAGCCUUGCACCAGCUGCAUUGAAUAAAAAUCCCCUGGAAGAUUCUCCCCCAAUUGAGAUAACAAACUCCAAGGAUGGUAAUGCGGAGGAACAGAUCCCACCGGCAAAGUUUGACUGGACAUCUAGCGGCUUAACCAAUCCCCUAGAAGGUCCGGCAUAUAAUUCAUCCUUAUUUGACUUGGACCUUCUCUUAACGAACUCUAGUAUUGGUAAAGGAGCAACUAACGCGUUGCUCGCAAGUCUUGAACGCGAAUUUCUGAGCGAGGGUGGAGAGAAAGGCACAAGUGGAAGAAUCAAAAGCCCCCCGACACCAUCUCCUCUGGUACAACAGAUCCUUGGUGGCGGCAUGAGCAAGGUCUCAUCGGCAACAACACCCCUACAGUCACUCGCCCCAGAAGUCCGACUCGUAGUAGAGCAGCUCCCCGACUUAGGUUUUAUGCGUAGCAGAGUACUUAUGUUCCCAAUUAGAGGCGAGCAGUGAUGGGGUCUCUUUAUCUUUGUGAUCCAAUUUGGUCAAAUAGGAAUUUUAAUAGAAUUGUGUAUAGGUAAUUCUUCACUGAAACAUAUUGUGCCAUGUUUUGAAAAUGGCAUUAAAAGAAAAAUGUCUUGAGUUGUCAUUUUUUCAAU